AUGUCAUCUUCAUCAUCAUCUUCCAUAUCCAAAAAGGAAGAUGAGAAUAUAUUGAAUAGAUCAAAUUCAUCAUCAUCUUCAUCUUCAUCAUCACCUAUUAAUACUCAUAAUCAACUGCAUAUACAGCAUCAUCAUCAGCAUCAGCAGCAGCAGCAUCAGCAGCAUCAGCAGCAUCAGCAUCAGCAUCAGCAUCAAAAGCUAAGUCAUUCUACUUCAUCCUCAAUUGAUAAACGUAUAUUAAAUACUAUAGAUGAAAUAGAUAAUGAAAAUUCUCAACGACAACAAGUUAAUUCGGAAAAUACUACUGAUUCAUCAUCUUCAUCAUCUAAUAUACAAUCAAUAGGUUUAAAUCGACGCGAUAUUUCAAAUUUAAACGCGUCCAAUAUCCUUCAUAAAAACGAUAAAGAUGAUAAAGAUGAUAAAGAUGAUAAAGAUGAUAACGAUGAAUCUGAUCAAAUUGAUGAUCAAUUAAUCGAUGAUGAUAAUGAAAGUCAUGAACCUGUAUCUACUGCAUCACAAGCAUUAGCUCAUAUGACAAAUUCAAUGAGAAAUCCUCAUCGUAUUAAAUUAUCAAAUCAAGAUAUUAAAUCAAUUUUAUUAUUAAUCAUCAAAAUUAAACCUUUCAAAUAUGUCGGUGAUAGAUCAUUAAGUCAAACAAAUAAAUGGGAAUUAAUUCAGAAUAAAUAUUAUAAUUUAAAAUUGAAUGAUCAAAUUUCGAAAAAAGAUAUAAUUGUUCCAACUGUAAGAACUUUACAAAGACAAUUAGCCAGUGCAAUUAAAAAAGCUGAAUCUCAUAGAAAGAAAAGAUUACAACAAGGUAUUAUAUUAAAUCAACAUGUAAUACCACAAACUUUACCUGAAAUUGAUAAUGAUGAUUAUUAUAACUUCAAUGAUAUAAAUUCUCAAAGCUCCAUUGAAGAUUUAGAAUUGGCAUUAUUAGAUUUACAUGAAUUAAGUGAUAAAAUUAAACAAUUGAAAUUACAAAGUAAUUCAUUAAUAAAAGUAAAUUAUCAAAAGCAACCACAACCAUCGUCAUCUUCUUCUUCAUCAUCAUCGACACAACAGCAACAGCAAUCUCGACAAUUACAACAACCAAAAGAUGAUUUUGUCAUAGAUUCAAUAGAUCAGAUACAAGAAGAAAUAAAUGAAUUGAUUUCAAAUAUGAAACAAACUACAAAUAAUAAUGAGUCAAAUCAAAGGAAAUUUCAACUAGUUGAUUUAGUUAUACAACAAAAUAAAGAAAUUCAUUUACAAAUUCAAAAUGAACAUGAUGUUUUUGAAUCAAAAAUUAAACAAAUCAGUGAAGAACAUCAUGAAAGAAUUAAAGCUUUUGAAAAUAAUUUACUUAACAAUCUGAAUGAAUUAAAAAAACAAAUUAUCGAAAUAUUGAAGAAUUCAAAUUAA